AUGGCGGUGUUCUCCCGCGAAGUGCCCGGCACAGAGGUUGCGAUGGAUCACGUCUCGCAGAAACGACAGAAACGACGCACACCUCGCCACAGGAUCCUGAAGCUGGUUGGGGCCCAUCGCACCGAGCCUGUGCUUGCGCUGUUUGAUGAAGAAUCUGGUGAGCAGAUCAAAACAUCUUACGAGAACUUCCAGAACGCUCGACGCAAGUAUCCACAGCGACCUUUUCUUGGGCACAGGCCGAUCGCUGCAGAUGGAUCCGCUGGUCCUUAUGUUUGGAGCACCUUUGAAGAGGUUGGCAAGAGGUCUGAGAAUUUUGGAUCAGGGCUACUGAACUUGGACCUCUGUCCAGCACGCCCAGACCCAGAAAUCCGAAACCGCGGCAUGUUGGGGAUCUAUGCCAAGAAUCGACCAGAAUGGGUGAUCGCUGAACAAGGCUGUUUCACCCAGUCCAUUGUGACGGUGCCCAUGUAUGACACCCUGGGAGCAGACAGUGUCGCCUACGUUGUAAAGCAGUGUGGUCUGAAGACAGUCCUUUGUUCGGCCGCCACUUUGAAUAUGGCCGUGGAUUGCAAGGCUUCCUCCCCUUCCCUGGAGUGUCUUAUCGUCAUGGAUCUGACUGAAGACUUGAAGAAGAAGGUGACUGAUGCUGGCCUUCAGGCUCUGAGUGUCGAGGAGGUGGAGAAGGCCGGAUCUGCAAAGCCACGGCAGCACCUGGCGCCCAGUCCACAGGACAUCCUCACUUUUUGCUACACCUCUGGCACUACGGGCGACCCAAAGGGAGUGCUGGUCACGCAUGAGAAUUUGGCCUCAGCCUUUGGAGCCUCUCGUGGAAGGAAGCCGUUCACCACAAUCACUGGCAACGAUGUGUUGCUGUCAUACCUACCACUGCCUCACAUCUUUGAACGCAUGGUGCAGUUUGGUUCCGUGUUUGGCGGAGCUGCAAUUGGCUUCUACCAGGGUGACACAUUGAAGAUUGUGGACGACUUGCAGGCCCUGCGACCAACGAUUUUUCCUUCAGUGCCUCGACUUUUGACUCGGGUCCACGACAGGUUGUUGGCCGGUGUCCGGGAGGCUGGUGGUUUGAAGAAGGCCCUCUUUGACCGCGCCUAUGCUGCCAAGAAGGCUGCUCUGGUGCAUGGAAAGAACACACAUCCUGUGUGGGACAGAUUGGUCUUCUCCAAAAUUGCAGAGAAAGUUGGACUUGACAAGGUUCGGGUGAUGCUCACAGGAAGUGCUCCAAUUGCAGAUCACGUCCUGGACUUUUUGAGAAUAGUGUUUGCUUGUCCUGUGUUCGAAGGAUAUGGGCUUUCAGAGACUGCUGGAGCAGGUGCCGUCACAGCAGAUGGCGAUCUGGCACCCGGUACUGUGGGCGCCGUGCUCAGCUGCAACGAGCUGCGUUUGAAGGAUGUGCCGGACAUGGGCUAUUUGCGCACGGAUCAGGUGCACAAAGCAGGCGAAAGAGAAAUUCCAUGUCACGGUAGGGGAGAGAUCUGUUUCAAGGGCACCAACCUCUUCAAAGGUUACUACAAGAUGCCCAACAAGACAGCUGAGGCCAUUGAUGAAGAUGGCUGGUUCCACUCUGGUGACAUUGGGAUGUGGUUGCCCGAUGGACGGCUCAAGAUCAUCGAUCGCAAGAAGAACAUAUUCAAGUUGGCCCAAGGUGAGUAUGUUGCUCCUGAGAAGAUUGAAGGACUGAACGUUCAAAGCCACUUCGUUGCCCAAAGCUUCGUGUAUGGAGACUCACUGAAGACUCAGUUGGUAGCGAUCGUUGUGCCCGAUCCUGACACAGCAGCCAGCUGGGCAAAGCAGAGGGCCGCCACGUUGCUGGGCGUGUCAUGCCGUGCUGGACGUGCAGAGGUUGAAAGCGCCUUUCGACGACGGGCCUUGCGCUGUCACCCAGACCGACAUCCCAAGGAUGCCCUUGCCAAAGUGCGGUUCCUGCGCCUCAGCAAAGCAAAGGAAGUGCUGCUCCAGGCACUGAAAGAUCCACGGCAUCCCAAUGUGCAAAGGCCAAGUGCCGGUGCGAGCGCUGCAAGUGAUGCAAGAGAGAGAACAGAAAGAGCCGAGAGAGCAGAGAAGGCGAGAACGAACAGAGAAGGUGUGGCCAGUGAGGCCAAGAUGGCCAAGGAGGCCAGGGAGAGAGAAAAAAGAGAGAAAGCUCGAGAGAGAAGAGAGAGAAGAGAGAAGGAAGCCAAAGCCGCAGCAAGAGCUGCCCAAGCGGCGGAGCUGAAGCGAAGAGAGGCAGAAGCCAAGUUGAAGAAGGAGAAGGAACAAAAAGAAAAGGAGGAAGCUGCCAAAAGGCGGGCUGCUGCAAUGGCCGAGGAAAUGCGCCGUGAGCGCAUAGCCACCGCUGAGCGCCGCCGUGGUGAAAUCUUCGAGGCCUUCCGCAAGAGGAAAGCGUCCAAAACAAACCAGGAGACAGGCAGCCAGGAGCAACAGAACCAGGCGCAGCGCUCGUCACCACAGGCAGCUGUGCGGAUCCAACACGACCCAGGUUUCCAGCUGUCAGAUCGUCACAGGAAGGCCUUGCAGCGUUUGGAGAAGCAACGUCAAGGAGAAAUGCCCAGAACUACUGGCUCUUGGUGGGUGGCCGACUCUGAAGUGGACAGGUUCUUGAAGCGCGAGGCAAAGCUGUCUGGCUUUGAGGUGAUCAAGGCCGUGUUCCUUGAGCCAACGCCCUGGGAUCCAGGUGGUGAGGUGCUGACGCCGACCUUCAAGUUGCAGCGGAACAAAGCCAAAGACAAGUAUCAGGCCCGGAUUGAUGAACUUUACGCAGAGCUGGAGGCUGCGCCACCUUCAAAGCUUUGA